AUGGGCCACGGAAAGGUCACUGUACCCUCCCCUAGGUCCUUUGGGAGCGCCACCGAGGCAGCUUGCGGUUCCGCCGUCCUCAACGAGCUGACCGCCGAUUUGACUGGACCAAUCGAGAACUCAGUGAAGGUAGAAGAUGCUGACUUCAACGCUACUGCCUGCCCGUUAUUCUUCUGCAGAGGUGCUGCGAUCGAAGACAACCUGGACAACAUCCAACAGUUCUCCCCAGGCGAAAUCGUUAACAUGCAGGUUGAUAUAGUCGUUCGCCACACUGGCCUCGCGAACGUCUCAGUGGUCGAUCUCGCCAACCAGAAUAUCAUCGGAGACUUCCUCUUUGACUGGCCUGUGUACGCGAAUCAGUCGCUCACGGCUGCUCAAGCACCGGCCAAUGAGACGAACUUCAACGUGACCAUACCAGACCUUGGUACGCAGUGUUCGGAGGCUGGUGCUUGCGCUUUGCAAUGGUGGUGGCUUGGAGACGGCGACCAGACGUACGAAAGCUGUGUCGAUUUUACCCAAUAG